AAUGUUUUCACAUUAAAAUGCGAUAAUUGAGUGACCCCUGACACAUAGUUAAGUAGUGUGCAAGUGUCUGUUGUUCAGUCAACAUCAACAUCAUCACCUUUGUGCAUGUCAUUAAACGAACAUCCCUGAUACAUUUGGCCAUCACAUAAUAAAAUGAGUGAACAGAAAAAAGUCCCUAAUGCCGCCAAAUUCGCCAUCGGAGGUUCCGCUGGCAUGUUAGCAACGUGUUUCGUGCAACCCCUCGACUUGAUCAAAAACCGAAUGCAAACCGCAGUUGUAAAAGAGUACAAAUCGUCCGGCGAUGCAUUUGUGGGAAUAUUAAGGAAAGAGGGAUUUUUCGCCCUUUACAACGGUUUGUCGGCCGGUUUGAUGAGACAGGCCACCUACACGACCACGCGUCUUGGCAUCUAUACCUGGUUGUUUGAGGCGAUGACCAAGGACGGAACACCUCCCGGAUUCGCCACCAAAGCAGGAAUUGGGUUAAUCGCUGGAGUUGUUGGUUCUUUUGUUGGGGUGCCUGCGGAAGUCUCAUUAAUUAGAAUGACAUCGGACGGUCGUCUACCUCCAUCGGAGCGUCGUAAUUAUAAACACGUAAUCGAUGCCAUGUACAGAAUCUACAAGGAGGAAGGUAUAGCGACAAUGUGGAAGGGCGCCUUUGCCACUAUGGGUCGUGCAGUGGUCGUAAACGUCGCCCAACUCACCACCUAUUCCCAGGUCAAACAGUACUUCUCUAAACAUAUCGACGAGGGUAUUGGUUUGCACUUUAUAUCUGCAAUGAUUUCGGGGUUGGUUACAACAAUCGCAUCAAUGCCAGUGGAUAUUAUUAAAACCAGGUUACAAAAUAUGAAAACAAUAAAUGGAAAACCGGAGUACUCCGGCGCGGGUGAUGUAGUAGGUAGGAUAUUGAAGAAUGAAGGUUUCUUCGCACUCUGGAAAGGUUUCACCCCAUACUAUUUCCGUAUCGGACCGCACACUGUACUCACUUUUAUCUUUUUGGAACAACUGACUGGUGCUUACUACAAGUACGUGCUGAAGUCUGAGAAAGGUGCCUCUAUGUAAAUUGUAGAAUCUUUUUAUACUCGCUAAUUAAACUGAUUGCUGGACCACGGACCAAAAAAAAAACAAUCUCCAGCAGUCAGUGUUUAGUCCUGUAACUGUGGUAUUGGACGUACGCGUACGAAAUGCCAAAGUGGAACUUUUAUUGUGCGGCAAAAUAAAUAGUGAUAAAAGGGCUACUUUACUUCACGUAUCUAAUACCACGGAUAAUGAACCUAACAAUAUUAUUUCGAUGUGCGUGUUGAUGGCCAAAUAAACUUCAUUGACACAGUUGUUCUUUUUUACGUAUUAAGGAUUGUGACAUAAUACUUCAACUACAUCCAUAUGUUGUUCACAUAUUUUAUUUAUUUUAUUUUAAGAAACUGAAAGUCAAAGUGUUCUUAAUACUUGUAUAUGAAAAGACAUGUUAAUAAUUUUGUGAUAUUCUUAAAGCAACCUCAUAUCAUAUCAAUGUGCAUAUCAAAUAGGAAAUGCAUUUUUAUUUUCUUUUGAUAUGGAUAGAAAUAUAUUUACUUUAUAUUUUAUUGAAUAAAAUGUACUGCUCAUAUGAUGAGGUUGAAAUAAUAUGACACGUUUGCUGGGCUUCUGCAACGCCUUUACUCAAAUCGUUACAUAACGUAUGUAUAUGAUUUUAAAUAUAUUUUUUCAGUUUCUCUCAUUCUGGCCAAAAUACUUAGUUGCCAAAAUAUUUGCAAAAUGUUUGACUGGCACUAAAGUUGUACAUAGACCCAUUGUGAUUUUUAUUAAGCACCUCUAAUCAUAUAUGUGAUAGGGUAUAAUCAAAAAAAAUGUUUACCAUAGCACAAUCAUAUACAAUUUUUUAUAUUUGUGCAUUUUUACAAUGCAUUUUUGACAUGUGUCAAAUUAGAUAUUUAAAUGACCACUAAAAAUUUAAUCUUUUGAGAACAUUUUACUCGGUGCUACACACAUAUUUUUGGAAAAAUUGUUUACAAAAUCAGCUGUUUGAAAUGUUUUAUUAAAUGUUAAUUUUUAUGCAUAUAGUUCUAUGGAAAGCAAUGAUUUUUGUGAUAUAUAAUUUUGAAUAUGGUAAUUUUACUUUGGCACUUCGCCGCUUAUAGUUCGAAUGAUGGAUGUAUUUUUAUAGUUUAUUUUUCUGAAAUGAAUAUAUGAGUAGUGUUGA